AGUAGUUAAAAAACAAAAUGAAUGAAGAAUUUAAUCUAUAUGAAGAAGAAUUUUAGAAAUACUCAAAAGCCCUAUUAUCUAAAUUUCAUUAAGCUCCAACUGCUACACAAUAAGAUUAUAGAGAAGCAAUUGAAGAAUUCAAUAAUUUGAAAAGAUCAUUAGAUGGAAUGCAAUUGUCAAUUGGUAAUCGUAGUGGUCCCCAAUUUACCAAACUCACUUAAUACAAGAGUGAAUUUCAAUAAAUUAAAUAGUCAUAUACUUAAUAUGUUCAACACACUUCUCCAACAUUAGCUAUGGCGAUUGAAUAAAAUGAAAAACUUAUUGAAUAUACUAAAAUUGCCUAUGAAGCUGAAGGACAUGCAACACACAUUUAAUUUUAGUUAUAGAAUUAGACUCAUAAACUUGAUGGCAUGAUAAAAAAAACUAAUGAGGCAACUCAUGAUAUAGGAACAUCUGAAUCUUUAAUUAAUCGUAUGAAGAAUCGAGCCAUUUAUCGAAAAAUACUUACUUACUCAAUGGUUGCCUUAAUUUUGGUAUCAGUUAUUAUUAUCAUUUGGUACAACUUUUUUUGA